AAACAGUGAGCAGAAGAGCGGAGGCAGCCGUCAGACGGACCGGUGCUGGAUAUUCAGCCCUCACAGCUUCGUGUCUUCUCUUUUUCUUUUCUUUACUGUUAUUUCUUUCCGACUUCAGCUACAGUGAUAGCUAAGUUUGGAGAGGAGGAAAAGGAGGGAGAACCCGCCGUGUCUUUUGUCUUUUGUUGUUUUUGUUUUUUUUGCUGUUGUAUUUGUGGUGUCGCUGAGAGAUAACAGUGGGGUCGACCUGCUUUAACGUUGCAUUACAAAAGAAACAACACUCACUUGGUUGUUUUGUUUUUUUUUGCCAUUUGGACAGCUUUAAAAUGGAUACCUCUGCACCCAGGAGGACGUGCUGUGAGUCUGUCCGAGACUUCUUCACCUCAGCUAAAUUCCUUAUUUACAUGGGACAUGCUCUGUCUACAUGGGGCGACCGAAUGUGGAACUUUGCCGUGGCCGUUUUCCUGGUGGAGCUGUACGGGAACAGCCUGCUGCUCACGGCCGUGUACGGGCUGGUGGUGGCCGGCUCCGUGCUGCUGCUGGGGGCCAUCAUUGGGGACUGGGUGGACAAGAAUCCCAGGCUCAAAGUGGCCCAGACUUCGCUGCUCGUCCAGAACAGUUGCGUCAUCGUGUGUGGGAUCCUCCUGAUGGUUGUUUUCCAGUUCAAAGAACAGCUUGUGGAGCUUUACAAUGGAUGGAUUCUGACCACCUGCUACAUUCUGGUGAUCACCAUCGCCAACAUUGCCAACCUAGCCAGCACAGCUACAUCCAUCACCAUCCAAAGGGACUGGGUGGUGGUUGUGGCGGGUCAGGACAGCAGCAGGUUGGCAGAUAUGAAUGCCACGGUGCGGAUCAUUGACCAGCUGACCAACAUCUUGGCUCCUAUGCUGGUGGGUCAGAUAAUGGCCUUCGGCUCCCAUUUCAUCGGCUGUGGGUUCAUCUCUGGCUGGAACCUGUGCUCCAUGUGUCUGGAGUACGCGCUGCUGUGGAAGGUCUACCAGAAGACGCCGGCGUUGGCCACGAAAGCUGGCCAGAAAGAGCAGCAGCAGGAGCUCAAACAGCUCAGCCCCACGAGAGAGUUGGAGAACGGCCAGAGCCCUGAGGAAUCGUCUCAGCCGCUCAUGAAUGAAACCUCAGUCGUGACCAAGCCCGCCUCUCCCAAGCAGCGCGGCUGUUGCUAUCAGGUGACCGAACCUCUGCGCACCUUCAAGGCAGGCUGGGUCGCUUACUACAACCAGAACAUCUUCUUCGCCGGCAUGUCCCUGGCUUUCCUCUACAUGACGGUGCUGGGCUUCGACUGCAUCACCACGGGCUACGCCUACACGCAGGGCCUCAACGGCUCGGUGCUCAGCCUGCUGAUGGGGGCCUCGGCCGUGUCGGGCAUCUGCGGCACCGUCGCCUUCACCUGGGUCCGCAAGAAGUGCGGCCUGAUCCGCACAGGCUUCAUUUCGGGCCUUGCCCAGCUGUCCUGCCUCAUACUGUGUGUCGUCUCCGUCUUUGCUCCCGGGAGCCCCUUCGACCUCAGCGUCUCGCCCUUCCAGGACCUUUACACCCACCUGAUCGGAGAGAAGCCGCUGCCCGAGGCCGAGCACAGCCUCACCGGCGUUCUUACCAGUGGAAACGUCACUACUGCUGCACCAGCUGAAGAGCUGCCACCUCUGCAGUCCUACAUGUCUGUUUGUCUGCUGUUUGCUGGCGUCAUUGCUGCUAGAGUUGGUCUGUGGUCUUUUGACCUGACCGUGACCCAGCUCAUCCAGGAGAAUGUGAUCGAGUCGGAGCGAGGUGUGAUCAACGGCGUCCAGAACUCCAUGAAUUACCUCUUAGACCUGCUGCACUUCAUCAUGGUGAUUCUGGCUCCGAACCCGGAGGCCUUCGGCCUUCUGGUCAUCAUCUCUGUCUCCUUCGUGGCCAUGGGUCACAUCAUGUACUUUGGGUUUGCCUACAAGAGCCUGGGGAGCCGCCUCUUCCUGUGCUGCUCGCCGGAGCAGAAGGUGGAGGAGGUAGACAACCCCUCACUUCCUACCACCGUCUAACCCCGUUAAAGAGACUCUGUCCUGGGUACAUAUCUCUCAAGCCUUACCCUUGCCCUGCAUCUUAUUUAUCUAACAUCUUUUUUUCUUGUAGCUGGCAGAAUGCUAAUGCUAACCAGAUAAAGGCAACUUAACAUGCUAUGCGUAGCCAUUAAUAAAGCAUUACUCAUUAGCAGAAAGCUUACAGUUAUAGAAAACUAAUCCAUAGCAAGACUUUAGGUAAGGCAGGGUUUCUCUAACGUUUUCAGUCUGGGAGUCAGAUGAGAGUCUCUCAUCUGCGGGUCCAUGCUCUUUGAUACAUACAUGUACUGUCGAACAAGGAUCCAUCACUUCUAGGCUCGUGAUCCCAAUGUGGUGGUCCUGUUAAAGACAUCAGGGGAAAUGGCGCUGUAAAAUAUUCUCCCCCUCACUGCCUGGAUGUAGCUGUAAAGAUGUUUAAAAAGGUGCUUCAGCUAACUAAAAGGCCAAAUGAGGGAGAAAUCUUGCAGGGAAAGCAGGCACUGAGGCUUGGAUUAAGGGGGGCCGCUGUCGUCUGAGACCCUAAGAGACAGGCCGUCCCCCACUUUCCUCUCUUGACACUUGCCUCUCAUUGGUGCUGUAGCUGUGUCCGCUAGCUGUUCUCUUCAGCCUCGGCUGUGUGUCCGCUUACAUGUAUGAUGAGCAGGUUCUUGUGGAGGCCGUCCUCCAGAGGGCUUUUUUACUUUUAUUUAACCAAACACAAAACUGGGAUCUAGUCUCUUUAAUACGUGGUUAUAAGGGUUAUGCAAAAUAACUGUAUUUAUUCAGGAAAUGCAGACGGUGGUUUUUAUAAUAACUGUAUAAUCAGUAUUGUGUUGCGCUCUCGCGGUCGUGCCAUAAGAAAGAAAUCCUAUGCACCCUUGUCAAUAACUCUCUCAGUUACCAAAGUCAAAGUCCAUAAUAUGUGGCGUAAAAGGAAGUGAGGGAAACCAGUUAUCUGUGUGAAGCAAUCCAAAUAUAUGUUUUUUUUUUACAUCAGGUGACAGUAGAUGUGUAGGUUCACUGAAUAUUCCUAACCCACUCUGAGAUUGUACUUAAAUUCUGUUUUCCUGGUAGUUUACAUUAAUAGUGUUAUUUUGUCACCUUUUUUAAUCUUUUAUGUUCUCUCUCUCGAGUAAUUUUUCAAUCAUGAUUGUUGUUACACAGGCACUUUAAGUGAUUGACGUCUGUCAUUACACCUAACGCGUGAUCAGGCAUUUGAUCAAUAUUUUUUGCACAAGGUUGAAGUCCUGACUCCACCCCCCCUACCCACCCCACCGCCGCCGUAAACCCCCAUGCUCAAACUUAUUUAAAUCACUUAUAGUCUCUCUGUUUGUUCAGGUGCAGUGUGUGGGGGGGGAGGGAUUGUGGUUUUAAGAAAAAAAAUAAAGGCACAUAUUGUAACACUUACUGUAGCACCAGAAAACUGUACCAGUUUACAGAAGAAGUGAGUGCACCCCGUGUUGUAGACAGAUACCCUCCGGUUUCCUCAAAAGUUUGCUGAGUCAGUAACUCUUAUCUGGUCUCAGUAUACCGCCUCAGACUGCCAGCAGGCUCUGAACCAGCACUGAGUCAGGGUUGUAGCUCUUAUCGGUCUAAGCUUCGACAAACGUUUUAAAGUUCUGACAACUUUGGCUUUAUGAGUCCAGAAACUGUUGUUUUUAAAGCAUCUUGUGAAAGUUUUUUUUUUUGCAUUCCUACUUUUAAUUGAUUUUUCUAAAUAAACAAAUGUCUCCAAAAACAGUUAAAAAUCUCAGACAGUAGCUUCAUUUUCAUUUCUAAGGGGGAAUAAUGUGUUAUUAUUUCGUCUUUCAGAAAUAAUCUCACUUUAAAGAUAUACCCAAAUAAGGUACCUAAUGUAGCUCCACCUCUGGCCUUCAGUGAUAACUGUCGCCUUAUUGUAAAUUAGCCUUGACAGCUGUUAAACGCACACAUGUGGCUACAUCAAGAGUCGCAACCCGCCCAUACAAAAUCUAGCCAGUCUAGCCAAGAUUUUGGUAUUUUUUGGAGUGGGGAGAUAUAGGGGGAGAGAAAUAUUUAGUUUGGAAACUAAAUAAUUGGGUAGCCGCACCAGAUGUAGGAGAACAGAAGGCCACUUAUUAGCCGAGCAUUCCCAUGAAACCUGGUGGAGGACGCGGCGGUGAGUCAGGAUGUCUGCAAGUGUGCCAGACUCGCAGGGAAUGGAGCUUAAUUUUCAUGUUCCACUCGGGUUUAAUGUGAAAAAAAACUCUGUAUGGGCAUGAGAACAAAAACCGGCUCUCACAACGGUCUGUCUGCUGAUUCAGGAAUAUCACACAUGGACAUAACUCUGUAUUUUUUAAUGUAAAUAACAUUAGCUGUCAGUCAGUAUAAACAUAUUGAAUAUAUACAAUUGGAAAAUGCUCAAAAGUAUAUUGUGUAUACUGUUGCCAUGCUGUUUUUUUUUUUUUUUUUUUUAUGUUUUUAUAUACCUAGUGUUUGUAUAAAGUACAAUUACUGCAUUUCUUUUAAAUACAUCUGUAUCAUACUGCUUUAAUCUGGCAUAUAUAUAUAUAUCUCUCUCUGUAUAUACAUAUAGAUAUAUAUCAGUGUUAUUGUAGUUCAAUAGACAACAGCAUUAAAUCAUAAAGAAAUCAUCCAUUUUAUGUAAUAAUCGCACUCCACUGAACAUAAAGUCGUUGGUACUGCUUGUAUUGCAUGAGCUCUCCUAAAUAAACAAAACCGUCACAAUCGAA